UAGACAUUCCCGUGGGCUUCGUCCACGAUGAAGUUAAGCCAGAACCUAACAAUACAAUCAAACCACCCACCAAUGCAAACUAGAAUUCAUGUUCCUCUUUCUGCAGAUAUUCCAAUUUCACAGUGCUUCUCUCUUCCCACUUCAAUCUCCCUUCAAAAGAGCAGAUUCCCACGUGUGACACGUGCAAAGGCUAACAACGAAGCAAUGAUUCCAACCAUAUCCGAAAUAGUAGAAGCAUCAAGAGCACAGAAACUCGACCUUCAGCUCCAAACUCUGGGACCCUUUUUCAGAAUCACCGCGAGGAGCUUGGUAACCGACACAGAGCUUGGAAAAGCUGAGGGAUUGAUAAGAAUAUGGAUACGAGGCAAAAUUCUUCACUUGGACUCAAUCAAACUCCAAAGAGAAACACUGGCCAUGGAAAAAUCAAUCUUUGGCCUUGGCUUGUUCAUUGGGGCACUCGCAAUUCGACAUGGAUAUGAUUGUGGCUGCAAAAUAGCUCAGUUACUUGCCAUCAAUGAUUCUGAUCUUUACCAUUCUAAGUUGGUUAGGUUCUACACUAGACUUGGGUUUAAAGCUGUGUACGAAGUGACUGGCUCAUCGGUUGGGGAUCUUGCCCACAUGCUAGUGUGGGGAGGUGUUGGUACCCGCAUGGAUGCUAGUAUUGAAGAACUGAUGAUAAAAUGGUGUACGAGAUUUACAACACCCCAUAAGUGAUGAGUCAUAGUCAAGAGUGAGUGUGAUUCACCCACCUUUCUUUCUUUUUGUUUUUUAUAAAUCACACAUAUUUUUUAUGGAAGGUAAUUUUAUUCAACACAUGUUCAACUCUCGUACACUAUCUGUGCUAUUAACUGCUCGGAUCAAUUUUCUUUUGUGUAUAUAUAAUAUACAUAGACAGCUUUAGCCUGUGUUCGGUCCUAAGGAACCGUGAUCAUGUACUAUAUAGUUGGUUGACUUGUAACCAAUAUCUCAAUCACUGCGCACAAGCAAUAGGCUUAUAGCCGAGAUGUGGGUGUGUGCACAAUGUGAGCAGAAGUAGUAAAUGAGUUCAAAGUAUAUACGUGAGAUCUUAAGCCUUGUAUUUUAUAGAGAUUACCUCUUGGGUUGUGUAGAUCUCCUAGUUGUAGUAGGAUUCAACUCUUUUUCAGUUGAGAUAGAGAUUCUAUCCUUGGCAGCUUUAUUGUUUCAUAUAAUUAGAAUAAUUGAGUAUUUAUCAUUCUUGAAUAGGUAGUUAAGAUAUGGAUAUAUAUUUCAUAAC